GAAAGAAGAGAGAGGAGAGAGAAAGGGAGAGAAAGUGCUGCUGCAGGUAAUUGAUUACUCCUCGAUCAAGGCUAACUUGUUAGCAAUAGUCAAUUGCCCCGUCUCUCCGCCUUCCCUGCAGUCCGGGACCGGCGCCCUCGUCUCGGUUCUUCCAACUGCCGCCGCCAGGACCCGGGGCCAGGAGCUGCCGCGGAGCCACCUGACACCUUUAAAUAGCACCGGGGCUGGCGAAACUGGAGCCCCGCGCCGCGCGCCCCGGCUCCGGCCCCGGAUCGCUGGAAGCCCCGGCGGCGGCGGCGGCGGCAGCGGCGGCGCCCGCGUCAGCGCUCUCCUCCCGGGGCCCCGCGCGGCACUGCCCGCCUCAGCCACCGAGCUAAUCGCUCCCCGCGCCCAGCCCGCACCCUGCCCGGCGCGGCCUCCUUCACGCCUGCCCGCCCGCGCCGCACGGCGCCUGAGCUGCCCCGCGGGCUGGGUCCCCGCAGCCCGAACCGCCCCGGCCGGGCCCCCGAUCGAGGCCGAGAUGACUUCCAAGGAGGAUGGCAAGGCGGCGCCGGGGGAGGAGCGGCGGCGCAGCCCGCUGGACCACCUGCCGCCGCCCGCCAACUCCAACAAGCCGCUGACGCCGUUCAGCAUCGAGGACAUCCUCAACAAGCCGUCCGUGCGGAGAAGUUACUCGCUGUGCGGGGCGGCGCACCUGCUGGCCGCCGCCGACAAGCACGCGCCGGGCGGCUUGCCCCUGGCGGGCCGCGCGCUGCUCUCGCAGACCUCGCCGCUGUGCGCGCUGGAGGAGCUCGCCAGCAAGACCUUUAAGGGGCUGGAGGUCAGCGUCCUGCAGGCUGCUGAAGGCCGCGACGGGAUGACCAUCUUCGGGCAGCGGCAGACCCCAAAGAAGCGACGGAAGUCGCGCACGGCCUUCACCAACCACCAGAUCUACGAGUUGGAAAAGCGCUUCCUGUACCAGAAGUACCUGUCCCCGGCAGAUCGCGACCAGAUCGCGCAGCAGCUGGGCCUCACCAACGCUCAGGUCAUCACCUGGUUCCAGAAUCGACGCGCCAAGCUCAAGCGGGACCUGGAGGAAAUGAAGGCCGACGUGGAGUCAGCCAAGAAACUAGGCCCCAGCGGACAGAUGGACAUCGUGGCGCUGGCGGAACUCGAGCAGAACUCGGAGGCCGCAGGCGGAGGCGUCCCGGGCUGCGGCAGGGCCAAGUCGAGGCCCGGCUCCCCGGUGCUGCCCCCCGGCGCCCCGCAGGCCCCGGGAGCCGGGCCCCUGCAGCUCUCGCCCGCCUCUCCGCUCACGGACCAGCGGGCCAGCAGCCAGGACUGCUCGGAGGACGAGGAGGACGAAGAGAUCGACGUGGACGAUUGAGCGGCUCGCCGGCUCCUGCGCCGCCCUGGGCUCCUGAAGCCCGCAGGCCAGCCGCCUCCCGAACCGGACCGCACCGGACCGCACCGCAGCGCACCGCCGCCGAGGGGAGCUGGGACCUCCUCUGCAACUCGCGCCUCCUCCCCUGUCCCCAGAGCGGACUCGGCUCCCGGCAGCCUCCUCUUCCCUCUCGAAGCAAUAAACCCGGGCUGGCCCCGCCGCACGCGGCCUCCGCCGCCCCGGGAGCCCUGGCCGUGCAGUUCUGUAUGGCUUCUGUACAAAUAUUUAAACCCACAGAGCGGAUUCUUCCCACCGAAGCUUCCUUGUUUUUCUGUUUUUCUUUUCUUUCUUUCUUUCUUUUUUUUUUUUUUUUUAACUCAGUGAUUUCCAUGUUUUCAAAGCUCUCGGGCUGCCUGCCGGGUUUGCCAAGGGAGAGGCAGGAUCGCGGGCAGCGAACACUAACCCCGCGGACUCAAGUGGGGACAGUCCCGGCUGCUCUGAUUUUUCUCUGCAUGUGGCGAAUGCACUGGCCUGCUCCCUCCUCGCCUCGUUCGGCUUGUUGCAGCUGACUUCUGUCUUUCUGCCUUUUUCCCCCUCCGCGUGGGAAGGGGGUAGGGAGAUAGCUGGGCCCUGACUUGCAAGUUUCAAAAAAUCUGUCUUUUCUCCCCCCCACGAGAGAAGUCUGUUUUCGAUGCCAUUUCUGCCUCCCCACGCCACUGCCGCUCUUUGUAAGAGUCCCCCGCUCCCGCUUUUCCUCGGACUGCCGGCUGGGGUCUGGCUCUUAGGGACAAAGCAGAGGGAAAUUCAACCAACCGACCAUCGAAAAUGGAACCCAAAGUCCUAGAGUUAUUUUUUACUCUUUUUAGAAUUUUUUUGCAUGUGACAGAGACAGAGAGGAGGCCGGCCCAAGCCCUCGCCCCACUCCUCCUCCGCAGCUCUGGAGCUGGCCUGCGGCUCCCACAUCCUGCUCCUAGCUCAACUUGGCCAGACUCAGGUGGGGUGGCGGGAUGAGGGCGGCUCUCACAUGCCCCUUCCCUGCUCCUGCCCUGCCCUCUCCUCCCCGGACUGUACCCAAGGCCUCUUUCUCCAAUAAAGUCUUUGCCAUUUUACUAGAA